AUGCACGAAAAAGAGCUGAUGAUAAAGUUGCUUAUCAUUUUUAAAGAGUGUCCAGAAGGCGUGGUACAAGAAGAAUCAUUCAAAGACAUUUACGCGAAAUUUUUCCCGCACGGCAAUUCGGCUCUCUAUGCUCAUUAUGUGUUCAAAGCCUUCGACGUUAACUGCAGCGGCGCCAUUAGUUUUAGAGAACUGCUCGUCACCCUAUCGACCCUACUCCGGGGAUCUGUGUAUGAGCGGCUCCGAUGGGCGUUCAGGCUGUACGACGUGGACGGUGACGGCGCCAUCACGCGCCAAGAGCUGGCCGAGGUGGUGGUGGCGGUGCACGAGCUGCUCGGCAGGAGAGCGCCGCCAGGGUCGCCGGCGGCUAGACUUGAUGACGCUAAGGCUAACGAACAGGUAGAUCGUGUGUUCAGGAAGCUAGACCUGAACCAGGAUGGGGUGAUAACCAUUGAGGAGUUUCUCGAGUCCUGCUUAAAGGACGAUGUGAUCACACGCUCACUGCAAAUGACUGUAGUAAAGCGCGUCAGCCCUUCAUUCCGUGUUAUCCGCACUUACUGUCAUUGUGCUCGCGCACCGACAGCUCCUAAUGGCAGCUUCCUCCACAACAUGGCCGCCGCUUGGCGAAUCCGCGCGCGUGAGUACGCGCGACAUUUACUCGAUGAAUUUCUAAUAUAUAAGGACAUCGCAUCACUUUUUGACGAGACAUCAACAGUGUGGUAG